AUGGUCAAGAAAGUUCGGUGUAGCCAAAUAUACAAACAACAAAAGUUAGAGACCAUGUCAAAUCAAAUUGAAAAGUCUGGUAGUAAUAUUGCAUCUGCAUUUAGCUCGAGUGCGGGUUUUGAACAAACAAAGUGUAGGGAAAUGAUUGCAAAAAUGAUCUUAGCUCAUGAGCUACCAUUCUCAUUGGUAGAGUAUCAUUGGUUCAACGAGUUUAUGAAGUACAACAGCCCUCGUUAUCAAAAAGUGAGUAAGGCAACCAUUAUAAAAGAUUGCAUAAGAGUGGUCGAAGCAGAAAGAGAGAAGUUGAAAAAGGUUCUACAAAACGUUGACAUGAUCGCACUAACAAGUGAUUAUUGGACGUCAAAUCAAACCAUUGGGUAUAUGUGUUUGACAGCUCACUUUAUUGACUCCAAUUGGAAAAAGCAAAAAUGCAUUAUUGGUUUCAUUGAGCUUGCGCCACCCCAUAGUGGUGAGUUCGUUUCUGACGGUAUUCUAGAGUGUCUUAUUAAAUGA